CGGGGGACGGGCGGGCGCUUCCGGGCGGGAAUUUCGGGGCGGCGGAACCGAGGGCGGCGGCGCUCCCGGGCUCUGCCCGGCUCCUUCGCGGCCCCAUGGCCCAGCACAUCCUGGCGCUGGCGGCCGAGGAGGCCCCCGAGCGGCUCCAGGCGGCUCUGCAGAGCCUGGGGGAGGGCGAGCUGGGCGAUAUGGUGACGAAGCAGGCUCUGAAGGGAAGGGAGACGGCGGCUUUGCUGAGGGGGAUCUUCAAAGGUUCCCCUUGUUCCCAGGAAAGUGGUGUUCUCAGAAGGCUUAUGGUUUACAAGCAUUGUGUCCCACUAGUGGAGUCAGGGGAUCUGCAUUUGGCCAAGGCGUCGGAAAUCAUAGGACUGCUGAUGCUGGAGGCUCGCCAGCUGCCAGGCCGUGCGUUGGCUGAACUUGCCACCCUCUUUGUUGAUGUUAUUAAAGGAGGCAGCCUAUCUAAUGGGAAAUCCUUGGAGUUGUUUUCCACUGUUCUUACUGCAUUGGCCAGUUCUAAGGAGUGCCUGGCUUAUGGGAAAGGUGAGCUGAAUGGGGAAGAACUUAAGAAACAGCUGAUAAAUACCCUUUGCUCCAGCAAGUGGGCUCCUCAGAGUGUCAUUCAUCUUGCCAACAUGUUCAGGGAUGUCCCACUAACAGCAGAGGAGCUGCAGUUUGUGGUGGAAAAGGUCCUGAGGAUGUUUUCCAAAUUAGACCUCCAGGAAAUUCCUCCUCUGGUCUAUCAGCUGCUGCUGCUCUCUGCGAAGGGCAGUAAGAAGGCUGUUUUAGAAGGAAUCAUCAGCUUUUUCAAUCAGCUGGAUAAGAGACAAAAGGAAGAACAGAGGGCUCCGCAAUCAGUGGACCUUGAAGUAGCCACAAUGCCCUUAGACCAGCUCCGCCAUGUGGAAGGCACUGUUAUUCUCCAUAUAGUUUCUGUUAUCAACCUGGAUCAGGACCUAGGCGAGGAACUAAUCAGGCAUCUAAAGACUGAACAACAAAAGGAUCCUUGUACAGCCCUGUGUCCCUUCAGUGUGGCUCUUUUGCUAUCAGUGGCAGUAAAACACAGACUGCAAGAGCAGAUAUUUGAUUUCUUGAAAACAUCAAUUGUGAGAAGCUGCAAGGACAUGCAGUUCCUUCAGGGCUCCAGGUUUCUGCAGGACUUGUUUCCUCAAAAGUAUGAUAUAACUGCCAUAAUUCUGGAAGUGGUAGAAAACAGUGCAUUUGGCUGGGACCAUGUUACUCAGGGGCUUGUGGAUCUUGGCUUCAGCCUAAUGGAAUCAUAUGAACCAAAAAAGCCGUUUGGAGGAAAAGUUGCUGAGACCAGUUAUGGCCUUUCAAAAACGCCAGCCCAACAGGCUUGUAGACUCGGAGCGAGUAUCCUGCUGGAAACCUUUAAGGUCCAUGAGCCCAUCAGAAGUGAUAUUCUCGAGCAGGUGCUGAACAGAGUCCUCACAAAAGCAGCUUCUCCUGUCAGCCACUUCAUAGACUUGCUGUCCAAUAUUGUUGUGUCUGCUCCUCUUGUGCUUCAGAAUUCAUCCUCCAAAGUCACAGAGACCUUUGACAACUUGUCCUUUCUGCCCCUCGAUACAGUGCAAGGGCUGCUCAGGGCAGUACAGCCCCUGCUCAAAGUCAGCAUGUCAGUGAGGGACUCCCUGAUACUUGUUCUCCAAAAAGCUAUCUUUUCCAGACAGCUUGAUGCUCGUAAAGCUGCAGUUGCUGGCUUUUUACUUCUGCUGAGAAAUUUCAAGGUUCUGGGCAGCUUGUCCUCUUCCCAGUGCAGCCAGGCCAUUGGUGCCACUCAGGUCCAGGCAGAUGUUCAUGCCUGCUAUAAUUCUGCAGCUAAUGAGGCCUUCUGCCUUGAAAUCCUGGGCAGCCUGAGGCGAUGUUUGAGCCAGCAAGCGGAUGUCCGACUCAUGCUGUAUGAGGGUUUUUAUGAUGUCCUUCGUAGGAACUCCCAGCUUGCCAGUUCCGUAAUGGAAACACUCUUGUCCCAGAUGAAGCAAUAUUACUUACCCCAACCAGACCUACUGCCCCCACUGAAACUUGAGGGAUGUAUUAUAGCUCAAGGAGAUCAAGUCUUUCUGCAAGAACCGCUGGCCCAUCUGCUCAGCUGUAUCCAACACUGUCUAGCCUGGUAUAAGAGCACUGUGCAUCUACACCAAGGAGUGGAAGAUGAUGAGGAGGAGGAGGAGGAGGACGUGGGAUUUCAGCAAAAUUUUGAAGAGAUGCUAGAUUCUGUCACACGACGAAUGAUCAAGAGUGAGCUGGAAGACUUCGAACUGGAUAAAUCAGCAGAUUUUUCUCUGUCUUCUGGUGUGGGUGUGAAGAAUAAUAUCUAUGCCAUCUUGGUGAUGGGAAUCUAUGAGGUCCUGAUUGAGUACAAUUUCAACAUAGGGAAUUUCAGUAAGAACAAAUUUGAGGAUGUCCUAGGUCUGUUUACAUGUUACAACAAACUGUCUGAAAUCUUGAAAGAGAAAGCUGGAAAGAACAAAUCUAUCUUAGGCAACAAAACUGCUCGGAGCUUCCUGUCCAUGGGUUUUGUAUCUACUCUGCUUACAGCUCUGUUCAGAGACAAUGCGCAAAGCCACGAGGAAAGCCUGGCGGUUCUGCGCUCCAGUACCGAGUUUUUGCGCUAUGCUGUCAGUGUAGCUCUGCAGAAGGUGCAGCAACUGGAGGAGACAGGACAAACUGAUGGACCAGAUGGACAAAACCCUGAGAAGAUGUUUCAGAACCUCUGCAAAAUCACACGAGUUCUGCUGUGGAGAUACACUUCAAUUCCCACUGUUGUUGAAGACUCAGGGAAGAAGAAGGGCAAAAGCAUCUCACUUCUGUGCUUGGAAGGCCUGCUGCGGAUCUUCAACACAGUGCAACAACUGUAUGCUGCCAGGAUCCCCCAGUUUCUACAAGCCCUGGAUAUUACUGAUGGUGACACAGAAGAAGCAGAUGUUAAUGUCACAGAGAAAGCUGCCUUCCAGAUCCGACAGUUUCAGAGGUCUCUGGUGAAUCAGUUCAGCAGUGCUGAAGAUGACUUCAACUCCAAGGAAACCCAGUUGCUCAUCACAGUUCUCUCCACUUUGUCCAAACUCCUCGAGCCAGCCUCUCAGCAGUUCCUUCAGUUCCUGACUUGGACAGUCAAAAUUUGCAAAGAAAAUGCUCUAGAGGAUAUCCCUUGCUGUAAGGGUUUGCUGACUCUGCUCUUCAAUCUCCAUGCUCUGUACAAGAGCCCUGUCAGUUUGCUACGUGAACUUGCACAAGAUAUCCAUGCUUGCCUGGGAGACAUAGAUCAGGACAUAGAAGUGGAGAGUCGGUCGCAUUUUGCCAUAGUGAAUACCAAGACUGCAGCCCCCACUAUCUGUCUGUUGGUUCUAGGUCAGGCAGAGAAGGUCCUUGAAGAGGUGGAUUGGCUUAUCAAGAAACUUAACGGUUUGGGAUCAGACACAUCAGAAGAUUCUUCUCAGAUAUCAAACCAAACCCAGGCUCUGGAGAAGGGUGUAAUUCUGCAGCUGGGAACUCUGCUGACAGCUUAUCAUGAGCUGGUACAGACAGCACUCCCUGCGGGGAGCUGCGUGGACACGCUGCUGAGAAGCCUCAGCAAGACAUACACCAUUCUCACCUCCCUCAUCAAACAGUAUAUCCAAGCUUGCCGCACCACCUCAAACACGAUUCCAGGGAGGCUAGAAAAGCUGGUGAAGCUCUCUGGUUCCCAUUUGACCCCACAGUGUUACUCCUUCAUUACUUAUGUACAGAACAUUCACAGUGAGAGCUUAAGCUUUGCAGAAGAGAAGAAAAAGAAGAAGAAAGAAGAUGAAGCUGCUGUGAUCUCCACGGUCAUGGCUAAGGUGCUUCGGGAGACCAAGCCAAUCCCAAACCUGAUUUUUGCAAUAGAACAAUAUGAGAAAUUUCUUAUUCAUCUCUCCAAGAAAUCAAAGGUGAACUUGAUGCAAUACAUGAAGCUGAGCACUUCCCGGGAUUUCCGUAUCAAUGCAUCCAUGCUGGAGAGUGCACUGCAGGAGCACAACACAGAGGAUGCUGAGAAUGAGCCAGACAAUGACCAGGUUGGAGCUCAUUUGGUUGCUCUUGUUGCUGUGUUCCUCCUCUCUCAGGGCCAGCUGUACUUGAGUCCUUUAGGUAUAUGUAAAAUUAGGAUAGUUCGGUCUUCCCUGGAUUAGUCCUCACUUUAACACUCAGACCAUAUGAACAAAUGAACAGGUAGCCUGGUUAAGGUCCCCCUACCAUCCAGCCCUCUGCCUUGAGUGAGUUUUAAGUUCAUGUAUCAGUGUUCUCUCUCUCUCUUGUCUUAGGGAGGAGAGACUACUUUUAAGCCCCUAUUGCCAUUUGCUUCAGACUGUCUCAUCCUAAGCAAGCAGAGCGAUCUGUCACCAAUCCCUCUUAGGACCUACUGGCUGGCUGUCAUCAGAACUUUGCAGCAUGGUGACAUAAGGAGCCUAUACCAAUUCAAGUGGUUCUGCAUUUGAGUUAAAUGUUGUAGAGAAACAGCUGGCAAGGCAAACACUGCAAGGUGUCAUUUUCCUAGGGUAGUGAGUGCUGAUGAAGGUAGCACAGCCUAUUCUGGAUAAGAAGUAAACCAUUUUCAUUUACUGAUUGUCCAGAAUUUUAUUGGUGCUUCUGUCCAUACUUCCCUCAAUAUUUCAACAAGCCAAGUCCCGCACUGUAAAAAUGGUCCCCAUCUUGUACCAAUCAUAACCUGGGCUUUGAGUUCCAGCAUGAAGGGGUCCCUUAGGGAAAGUUUCAGGGGGUGAGGAGAGUCCCAUACUUCAGGCCACUUGUUAAGGAGGAAAAAGAGCUAAAUCCUGUUCUGCACAUUGGGUUCCUUGUUUUAGAUAAGCUUUCAGUGUAGUCCCACAAAGACAUUCACUCUCUGUACUGGUACUCUCUCUCCUCAGAGCAGCACAGCAGAACAACCAGAUGAGAACCAGGAACCCAAAAAGAAGAGACAACGAAAAAAAUAAAGCUGUGGUUGCAGCCUCCUCCUCGCACAGUGCCUAUUUUGUAGCAGACUCACCUCGGUCUUGGAGAACUGUGUAUAUAAAGAUGAUGGUUUGUUGUUUCCAUUGACAAAUACUUAUGACUUCUUCCUUCAUGCCCAUGGGCAUACAAGCAGUGACUGGCUAGUGUCUCAGUUCUUACAGCUAGCUGCUGCCCUGAAACGUGCCUAUGCCAUUAGAAUGUGCUGCUAUUGAAAUAUUCUUCCUCCGGAGCAUCUGCUUUCUUCUUGCUGGAAGAAGGGAUCAACCAUAAUCCCCUGCCAAAAGAUCUGCUUCUGAAAGCACAGCCAGGCACUGCCACACUCUGGACAAUAAUCAUUCUGGCCCUCUAGCUUCAUCAUUUCUUCUCCAGCGAGCCUUUAGUUAUUUCAAUUAGCUGAUAUAUAUCCAGCGCUUCCCCUGUAAGACAAUGGGACACUAACUUCCUUGCAUUCUGCAGUAUAGUUAGAGACUGUAACGUAAGAGCAAGAGACUGACAGUAAUUAUUUCUUUAGUUCACAGCUUUUAGCACAAAAAGUUCUAAAUCUAUUCAAACUAUUGCUGUGUGGUGGUGUGAAUGCAGGAACCAGCAUGGGCAGGAAGCUGGAAGUAUGAGUUAUUCUGCCUUAGAGUGGAAGCUUGCUGCUGUGUACAGCUGCUGGGAGGCAGAAAGGUGACAGCUUCCUCUCAUGAGCAAGCACUAGGGGCUGUUACGUUUUUUUGCUGACCUUGAUGCAAAGCACUGGCUUAGUUUGCCUCGUUCCUGGGGAGAAUACAGGCCCCCUUCCUGCCCACAGAACCCAAGUCUUUUUUCUAAAAGCAUACUUUGUCUAAAAGACUCCUAAUAAAGGCUGCAAAAGGC